CAUCAGCGCUCACCAGGAUGGAGGGCUGCCCAGAGCAGCUCCAUCUGGGCAAGGCACUGGAGGAGGCAGGGGAUGGGCGGGCCUUGGCUGAAAUCCAAGAGCUGGCUCUGAAGUGGUUCAUGGAGACACAGGCCCCCUCUAUCCUACAGAAUGGAGUUCUGCCCCCCUGGUUUCAUGGAUUCAUCACUCGCAAGCAGACAGAGCAGCUACUCAGGGACAAAGCCCUCGGUUCCUUCCUCAUCCGCCUCAGUGACCGGGCUGUUGGCUACAUCUUGUCUUACAGGGGCAGUGAUCGCUGCCGCCAUUUUGUCAUCAACCAGCUGCGAAAUCGACGUUACCUCGUCUCAGGAGACACCCUCAGCCACAGCACCCUGGAUGAGCUCCUACGCCAUUACCAGGAGGUGCAGCUCGAGCCUUUUGGGGAGACCCUUGCUGCUGCUUGCCCACGGCUAGAGGAAAAUGAUCUGUACGAUGCCAUCAACACGGGCCUCCAGCACACUAAACUAGGCCUGGAAAUUCCAGCCAUAGAGUUUCCCAGCGUGCUCCCGGACAAGGCCACCAGUCCCCGCCUUCCUGCAAAGCCCCAGGUCUCUUUCCUGCACAAGAAAGCCCUAGACAUGAGUUCCCGGUCUGUCUCGGAUGAAGAGAGUACAGAGGUACCCACUAGAGUGCCCCCCAUCCCCCAGAGGAGUCCCUCUCUUCUGGAUGAGUCUUCUGCAGGCCCCAGUGAUGUCAUCUACACAGACCCAAAGAAAAUAAACCGGGCACAGCUAGGCCUGGGCACAGAGAUGUGGGGCACGCAUAGGCCAGCUGCUGCUGGCAGCUUGGCUUGUUCCCCAAGCAGGGAGCCCUCAAGGAAACUCUCAGAUGAAGAUCAGAACAAGCCCAAUAGCCAAGGACCUGCCCCAUCUGGGAUGAAGCCAGACCAAGGCUCUACAAUGCCUUAUACUCCCUUGGGAUUUUCCCUGCCCCCCAGUUCUGAGGCCCCAGGAUCACGGGCUACUACUUGGAGGCAGGGGUUUCUAAAGCUGAGCCACGAGACUCAGUCCUCCUCUGAAGCAAGCCCUUCAGAUGCCUACCAGCUUGUUGAGACAUCAGGCCUACAAGAGGGCAAGGACAGACCAGACCAAAGAGGCAGUACUUACGAGCAGAUUCCAACCUGCUGGCAUGGCAGUGCCAAGCUCUCAUACCCUGGAGUUAGUCCCACCUACAGCCAACUAGCAGGGCCGAUGGACUAUGGCUAUGAGAAGAUUUCAGGGACCUCGAAGCUCCCAGAACCAGGGAACACCUAUGAGCAGAUCCCAGCCGCCAAGAACAAGGACACUGGACGAAUGCACAAGCCUGACAAGUUCCGGAGGCUCUUCUUCACAGACAAGAAGCACAAAUUCUGAGGAAAGGCCCGGCACUCGGAGGGUUUGGUGGUAUCCACACUGCACCGGGGAUUACUGGAUACCCUCAGCUCACUUGAAGGUGUGACCUGGUUCCAGGAUGCAGCUUGGGUACCUAUCUGGGAAGGCACGGGAGAGAUCUUGCAGCAGCCUGCAGCUCCCGGAUGUCUCUUCAAUGCUGUCCAUCCACACAAUGAAGGAAUAAGGCCUGCAAGAGGGGGGACUAACUGAAGGAAGGGGUGGAUGAACGUGGAGAGGCCUGGGCUGACUGACAAAGCUCGCCUCAUACCUCAGAAGCUUAACAAGUAUGUAGCCGGCCCCUUGCCAAGACAGACAUUUUCCAGGCUGUCUAAAUGACAUCAUGCUAUUACUUCUGAGAACAAAACCAGUUCCCUGCCUCAUGGCCUCACUGGGAGAUGGGGGAGAUGCCAGGAGCCACGUCCUUCACACCUGCCCCAGAAGGAUUAAACCAAGAAGCUUGGGAUACAGCAGCCAAGGUGCGACUUUAGAAGCCAUGGUCCUAACCCAGCAGCAGGCUGGGCUCCUGGGAACCAUUCCAGCUCUUCCUGCCCCACUUACCCACCUUUAGCCCAGCUUCAGUAUGCUAACUCCUAGUCUGUGCUACAGACACCUAUUUGAAGACACACCUAGUGACAGCCUGCACAGAGAUCCCCUCAAUAAGUGGGGCUUAAGCUCGGGAUGUAGGGCUGAGUAGCGUUGGAGACAUCUGAUGCCAUGCUUAUGUGAGCAGGCCACCCCUACCUGCCCUCUGUCUCCAGCCAGUCCUGACCUUUGGAGCAACUCAGAUUCCUCCCAUGCAACCCACCGUGAACCUGGCAAUGUCACCUCCAGAGACUUUUGGGAGAUGGGCUUUGCCCAGUCACCAGUUUGGGAGCAGGACAUUCUUGCUCCAGCUGUUCCCUUGGCCAAGCUGGCUCUUCCAGAAACUGUUCCUAUUUGGUACUGUCCCCCUUCAUCCAUGUGUCCCCAAAUCCAUUGGGCGAGCAACUGGCCUGCUAUCUUCUCUCUAGCCUGUCUCUACAAGCAGGAGGCAAGAACCAAGACCACAGCCCCCUUCCCACCUGGCUCCACCCAGGCCCUGGGCAGAACUGGCUCAGCGCACACCUUGCAGGAAGCUACCCCUUGGUAGAUAUUUGGUUAAUGCACUUUUCCCUCUGAACUCUACAAGUCCCCGCCUACUUGGGGUGGUGGAAAGUUUAAGAGUAGCAGGAAAACUCUAAGCCUAACAACGGUGAGCUGUCUGUAGGUAGACAAAUCUAUUAGUAGGGAAAUGGAAACAAUCCUCACCCAACAUCCUGAAGCCAACGCUAGCAUCUGACACGGAGGGCAAUGCUCCGCCUAAGGCGUCAGGGACGGCCUGAAAGAGUGCCACCGAACAUUCCUAAUGCUGACAGACACGGAGAGUGCAGGACACAAAAAGUGUUUUAUUUCUGGGAGUUCACAAAUCUGAGGUCAGCACACAUAAGUGAUACCAUGUCAUCAGGGAGGUGGGGUGGGGUAGUGUUCAAGACACAUGGGGCAGAGCCCUUUGGACUGAACUGCUUAUACAGCUUCACAUUGGGAAAGUACGGGGGUGGAGGUGGGUACAGCCCAGCCUUGGCUUUGGUAAAAGAUUGCAUAGCUUGUUAAAGCCCC